CAGCAGGAUCCCACUGCUGAAUUUAAAGCAGGGCUGCCCCAGAGGGAAGAGUCCAGUUUGGAAAGUGUCAGCAGCAAGUCACAGGGGCAGGACCAGAUCUGGAUUAUAUCCUCUCGACUCACCUUCCACAUCCACAAGCAAGGUGGUGGGGAGGGGGGGGUGGGGGAAACAUAUUUACAAGGAGCUGGAGAGAAAAAAAAUUGGAUAACACCCCCACCCCAUUCCUGAAGACUAUUUCUCUGGGAUCUCACUUUAGUUCCAGUUGGCCAUUAUAUUUAAUAUCAAACUAUUCUGGACUAUCCCUUCAGUGUUGGUUAUGGAAAGGAACCUAGUUUUGCAGAUUUUGUUCCUUACGUGCAUCGGAAAGCUGAUUGUAGCAGCCGUGCCUACCAAUGACACAGAGAAGAUGACCGGAAAUGAUACAGAUAAUGAAAUAGAAAGGAAAUCGGUGGAACUGUCCAACACAAUUGGCUUCACCAGGGAAAAAGUAAUGAUAGCACAGUAUGAAUGCUACCAAAAGAUAAUGCAGGGUCCUACAAUACGCCAAGAACGUACCUGCAGCAUGACCUGGGAUGGAUGGCUCUGCUGGGAUGAUACUCCAGUAGGAACAGUAGCCGUUCAGCAUUGUCCAGAUUAUUACAAAGACUUUGACCCUUCAGAAAAAGUCACAAAGAUUUGUGAUGAAGAAGGCAAGUGGUUUCAACACCCAGAGAGUAAAAGGAUAUGGACAAACUACACCCAAUGCAAUGCAUAUACAAAGGAGAAAUUAAGGACAGCGAUGAACUUAUUCUAUUUGGCUGUGAUUGGUCAUGGAUUGUCAGUCGCUUCCUUGCUGAUUUCUCUUGGGAUAUUCUUUUAUUUCAAGAGCCUUAGUUGCCAGAGGAUAACACUUCAUAAAAAUCUGUUUUUCUCAUUUGUUUGUAACUCUGUCAUCACUAUCAUUUGGCUGACAGUUGUGGCAAAUGACCAAGAGCUUGUUGCAAGUAACCCGAUCGGCUGUAAAAUCUCACAGUUCAUACACUUGUACCUAAUGGGUUGCAAUUACUUCUGGAUGCUGUGCGAAGGCAUAUACCUUCAUACACUUAUUGUUGUGGCUGUCUUUGCAGAGAAACAACACUUACUCUGGUAUUACCUUCUCGGAUGGGGGUUCCCUCUUAUUCCUGCCACAAUCCAUGCAAUAGCAAGAAGUAUAUAUUACAAUGAUAAUUGCUGGAUCAGCUCUGAUACAUUUCUGCUGUAUAUAAUACAUGGCCCUAUUUGUGCUGCCUUACUGGUGAAUUUGUUUUUCCUGCUGAACAUUGUACGUGUGCUUAUCACAAAGCUAAAAGUUACGCACAGAGCAGAGUCAAAUCUUUACAUGAAGGCUGUCAGGGCAACUCUCAUAUUAGUGCCACUGCUUGGGAUCCAGUUUGUGCUUUUUCCAUGGAAACCAGACGGACAAAAUGGUGAGGAAGUCUACGAAUAUGUGAUGCACAUUUUAAUGCAUUAUCAGGGCCUAUUGGUGGCAACCAUAUUUUGCUUCUUCAAUGGAGAGGUUCAAGCUAUUUUAAAACGACAUUGGAUGCAGUACAAAAUUCAAUUUGGAAACAGCCUAAGCCACUCAGAGGGCCUGCGCUCCACCUCCUGCACUGGGACAUCGAUUACAGAAGUACAAGGGGGUCUGUAUAAUCAUGAAUCCAACAGUGACCAUCUAAAUGGGAAGAACUUUAAUGACAUUGAACCAAUUGGCCUGAAAACAGGAGAAACAUACACCUGAGCAACUCUAGGAAUGCCUGCAGUGGUGAAGAUUUCAAUGACAGUGAACCUUCUCCUUGCAAUAUUGUGGAAGACCUCAGCGAAGUCUGCACUGCAAGUCCUCUUUAUAGUCAAAUAUUGUCCUAUUGCUUUCACUUUUCCUAUGACUUAUUUACAUGAUUGCAAGAGAGGUUCGGGUGAAGAAAGCCCUUUGGCCCAUUUGAUUUCAUCCCUGCAGAAUUCCCACUCUAGCAUUUCCCCAUUACAACACCAAGUGGUUUCUUAAAUGAGUCCAAAAUCCCAGGAACGACCACCCUCCCUGCUAACCCAGUCCAACCAUUUAAUGUUCCUCCAUGUAAAAAAAUAUUUCCCGGUGUCUUGUCCUGAAAUUGCCCACCACAACCUUGAAUCUGUGUCCUGUUGCCCUGCGCCUUUGGCAUAUCUGAUCAUAAGAGGCAAAGUGAAGGGCACUGUGAAUAUUUUUAUGACUUACGAUACAGUGGGAAGAAAACAUUCACCACUGAAACGAGUGACUUGUAAAUAUUUUUGUACUUUUUGGUCUUCAAACCACCAACUGGUAUUAUUGGCUCACAAACCAUAAGGCAGUUGAAGGUAGGUGCAAUACCGUAAUCUAGUUCCACAGAGAGUUUGUCUUGUUAUGUGGUUAUACUACUAUCUUGGUUACUGUACAGUUAUUCACGUGAAUCAAAACUGUAUGCACCUGACCACUAGCAAUCUAUGUGCUUGUGUAAUUUCACUUCGUGAAGGAAAAAAAAGAAUCUUCUUAGCAUUCCCUCAGGGUAUAGGAUUACUGCCCUAUAGAAAUGUUUGUUUAGUUUUCUACAUUUUUAAUAAAAAAACAAGCUCUUAUAAUUAUCAUAUAAGUAAACACUUUUAUUAUAUAAUUACUUUGCAGUAUUGAAUUUCAUAAUGCUGGAAAUAAAAUAGUACUCGAUUGCUAUACCUUUUUUUCUCUGUAAAUAGAUAUUGUGGAGUUUACGUGUAUUUAUUGUUUGCAGAGUCAGGACAGAGUUCGGGACAGAAAUAUAAAAUAUAAACAUAUUGUCUCUUUAUAUUGAGGAAUUUUCUCAGUAUGAGACAGUAUCAUAUUUUCUGAUCUAUGAUAGAGUGUGUUUGAUUGACAUUACGUAUCAAAAAUGUGGAGUCCUGUAGCUCAGUGGGUAGAGCACUUGCCUCGCA